AUGAUAGCGCCGGCGCCACCCGGCCAUUUCCCACCACAACAGCCCAUUUCGUCGCCGAAUCGUACCAGCCGCGAACCGCCGCCGCGGCCAGAAACGACCGAGAUCGAGACCCACCACCACGCGAAUCACCCGACAGCUUUACCGGUACUCGGACUCCAACUGCCGGUAUCAGGAACGGUACCCGAGUCGUCACGUGCUCAGUCACGAGCUCACCUCAACCUUGAUCUUGACCUCAACUUACACACGCCAUCUCAUGCAUCACGUCUUUCCCGUGAGCACGAGCACGAGCACGAGCACGGAGUUGGACAUGGACAUGGACAUGGACAUGAAAUUCAUAGGCCCGGAGCUCAUUCGGCACAGAGUUCAGCGGGCCUGCCACCUACUGGGUUUGCAAGUCAUCUCCCUCCUGCCUCCUCAGGCCCCAUGUCAUUGGAUUGGAACAUGUACCAUGUUCCUCCAAAUUUGCAACUAAACGCGAACCAGUUUGAUUUUGAGGUUCCAGGACAUAUAAAUGUGGUCGGCCACCCGAACCAUCUGGCACACGGGCCUACAAAUCCAAACCCGUUCAACUAUGGUCACAGCAUAGUCUCACCAUCGAGCAUACAUCCGAAUAGUGCCCACUUCAAUGCAGCUACCUCAACUCAAUGGGAUGAUUCUCUGGGUCAUGAUGCAAGCACUCCAAAAGUGCGGACCCCCUCGCAUCAUGUCUCGAGCAACCCUUGGGCUGAGAUAAACGAGCCCGCAGGCGACAACAACUUGACCCCCGUUUCCCGUUCACGAAAGUCCGCUCGAACGAGACGACAGAAGAAGGAACCUCGCAAGUUAUCUGACGCUUCCCAGGGAGGAAGAAGUAACAGCACGGGCGGCACUGCACCUUCGGUUUCUGAUGCUGCUAGUCCGAGUUCUGCCUCUCAACACAGCCGUGCCAGUAUCGGUUCCAAGUCCGCCUCCAUGACUUCAGCAGCCUCGACGGCUUCCAGCCGACAAAGCAAGCUCCGCAGUGCCUCUCGAACCUCCAAGAAUAGUCGAGAUAAGCCUAACGAUACGCCCGAAGAUCGUCGAACCCGAGCCUCACAUAACCUCGUUGAGAAGCAAUAUCGAAACCGGCUCAACGCCCAGUUCGAAUCCCUUUUGAGUGCUUUGCCCGAUCAAAUACGCCAUGGCGAUAAUGGAGGUGGGAACGGAAACGAAGACAAUGAAUCUGACCAGGGCAACGAUCCUGACCGCCGAGUCAGUAAGGGCGAGGUGCUUGAAAUGGCUCGCAAGCAUAUUCAAGCACUGGAACGUGAAAGAGACCAGCUAGAACUCGAGAACUUUGAGCUUCACGGCAAUUUACGAAAACUCAAAGGAUCUGGGUCUGAGAGCGGGUCAUGCCCAUCUGGCCAGGAGAGUUCUAUCGAAUCGGGAAUCAUCAAGAAGGAGAUGGAAGCAGGCGAUCAUGAUCGAAGUGAAAGCUAG